ACCAUGAACUCCAGUCAGCCGUCACACUUCACGCUCAGCGGUUACUUCGACGUCGGCCUGUUGAAAUACUUGUGUUUCGUCUUGCUGCUGUGUCUGUACCUGCUGAUCGUCGGAGCCAACCUGCUGCUGAUCCUGGUGAUCUGUGUGAACAGAACCCUUCAUGAGCCCAUGUACCUGUUCCUGCUCAGCCUGUUUGUCAACGAGCUGUACGGCAGCAGCGGCCUGUUCCCGCUGCUCCUGGUCCAGGUCCUGUCGGACUCUCACACCGUGUCGGCGCCGCUCUGCUUCCUGCAGAUCUUCUCCCUGCACUGCUACGGAGCGGUGGAGUACGUCAGCCUGGCCGUCAUGUCGUACGACCGCUACCUGGCCAUCUGCCACCCGCUGCGGUACGGCGCCUGGAUGAGCUGCGGCACCAUCGGCGCGCUGAUCGCCGCCGCCUGGCUCUACGGCGUCACGGUGUGUGUGGUGAUGGUGGCGCUGAGCUCGUCCCUGCGGCUGUGCGGGAACGUGAUCCAUAAGGUGUACUGCGAUAACUUCUCGGUGGUGAAGCUGGCGUGCGCCGACAUCACCGCCGUCAACAUCCACGGGAUCGCCACCAUCCUCAUCUCCCUGGGCGCGCCGCUCGCGUUCAUCUUUUACACCUACUUCAAGAUCCUGGCGGUGUGCGUCGCCGGGUCCAGGCAGACGCGGCAGAAGGCGGUCAGCACGUGCGCGCCUCACCUCACCUCCGUGCUGCACUUCACCUCGGCGGCCAUGUUCGAGCUGCUGCAGGGCCGCUUCGACAUGACGGGCACGCCGCUGCCGCUGCGCGUCGUCCUGUCGCUGUACUGGUUCACCUGCCAGCCGCUGCUCAACCCGCUGGUCUACGGCCUCAGCCUCUCCAAGAUCCGGCUGCUCUGCGGCGGCCUGCUGUACGCGGCCAGGAAGCUCGCUCACGGCCGCUGUGUGGCGCCGCAAGGAAAUCAGCACAAUCCAGAGAGCUCCGUGCCUGGCUGA